CGAUUCGUGGCCUUCUCAACAUCAUCAUCAUCAUAUCUCAUAAAAAUCAUGUUCCGUAAUACAUACGAUAGCGACAACACAGUCUUCUCGCCUCAAGGACGGCUGCAUCAAGUCGAAUAUGCUCUUGAGGCUGUCAAACAAGGAUCGGCAGUUGUCGGUCUACGAUCUGAUACCCAUGCAAUCCUUGUCGCAUUAAAGCGUGCUCCAAGCGAAUUGGCAAGCUUUCAAAAGAAGAUGCUAAGGAUCGACAACCAUAUCGGAAUGGGUUUCGCAGGAUUAACAUCAGACGCUCGUGUUUUGAGUAAUUAUAUGAGACAGCUUUGUCUUUCUUCCAGACUGCUUUAUUCUCGUCCAUUGCCAGUCUCACGUCUUAUCUCAAGUUUAUCUGAUCGUGCUCAAUUGAACACUAUGCAAUACGGAAAGAGACCUUACGGUGUGGGAUUCUUGGUCAUUGGAGUAGACUCUCAAGGACCGCAUCUAUACGAAUUCUCACCAACAGGAAAUUGCUUCGAAUACUUUGCAAUGGCUUUGGGAGCACGUAGUCAAAGUGCAAAGACGUUCUUGGAGCACAACUUUGAAUCUUUCAAGGAUAUGGAUUUGGAUCAAUUAAUCAUUCAAGGAUUGAAUGCUUUGCGUGAUACACUUCAGCAAGGAAAAGAACUGGACGCGGACGCCGUCUCGCUCUCAAUUGUUGGACCAAAUGCAGAUGCAGACGCUUCUUCACCAGAAUCGAAAGGAGCAGAGAAGUUCCGCAUUGUCGAAGGUGACGCACUAAAGAAAUGGUUGGAUCAAUUGGAGAAACGUAAAGGACCAUCAACUACAGGCACAGGUACACAAGCCGGCGGAAAUGCUACAGUAGGAGAUGUUGAGCCUAUGGAAGAGUGAUCCUGUAUUAUUUAAACGCAAACAGCAAUCAGAUGGC